AUGUCGAGGUUCGCGAAAGUAAGGCGAUUGAUACCGCCCCUCGCCGUCGCCGGUACGGCGGCCGGUGCCCUUUAUUACGUGUACCGACCCCGAAACAUUCCCGGAUACGAAGGCCCCGUGGUGCCUCCCCCUAUCUUUGGCGCCGACGGCACCUUCAAGCUCCCCCGGUUCCCCCGCGUGAAAUCGCGUUUUGAGCAGAUCGCCGACCUCAAGCGGAGCAGUGCCGGGAACACAGAGGAAGAAUAUGACAUCCUAGUCAUUGGCGCCCGGCGCAACAGAGCUCAGGGGGUCGCCCUCGAUGCUGCAACCCGUGGGCUCAAGGGUCGCCGUGGUCGAGCGCGGCCGAUUUCAGCCUGCGGCACCAGCAGCAAAGAGCACCAAGCUCGUCCACUGGCGACGGCGCCGCAUCUGAGCAGCUGGCUCCCGAUCAUGCUGCCGCUCGACCGCUGGUGGAAAGUACCGUACUACUGGGCCGGCACCAAGUUCUACGACUUCCUCGCCGGUAGCGAGGGCAUCGAGAGUUCAUACUUCCUGACCAAGAGCAAGGCCAUCGACGCAUUCCCCAUGGUCAAGCAGACCGAUCUUGUGGGUGCGCUGGUGUACUACGACGGGGCGCACAACGACUCGAGGAUGAAUGUGUCGCUUGCCAUGACAGCGGCUCUGUACGGCGCCACAGUCGUGAAUCAUAUGGAGGUUACCGGGCUUUUGAAGAACGACAAGGGCAAACUCUGCGGUGCCACCGUCAAGGACAACAUUGCCGAGAGGGAUGGCAAACGGACGGACAGCUUCAAUAUCAAGGCCAAAUGCAUCAUCAAUUGCACCGGUCCCUUCACGGACGGCAUCCGGAAGAUGGACGAUCCGAAUGGCAAGGAGAUCGUCGCACCCGCGUCCGGCGUACACAUCAUCCUCCCUGGCUACUACUGCCCCGGCAAGAUGGGCCUGAUUGACCCGGCAACAUCUGAUGGGAGGGUUAUUUUCUUCCUACCCUGGCAGGGCAACACGAUCGCAGGCACCACCGACGACCCUGCUGCAGUGUCCAACAACCCGCUCCCGGACGAGAAAUCGAUUCAAUGGAUCCUCAACGAGGUCAGCCACUACCUCUCCCCUGACAUCAAUGUCCGCCGCGGGGAUGUCCUCGCCGCCUGGUGCGGCCUGCGCCCGCUCGUCAAAGACCCCAAGGCCAAAAACACCGAAUCGCUGGUUCGCAACCACCUAGUCGACAUCUCCGACUCUGGUCUCCUCACCUGCGCCGGCGGCAAGUGGACCACCUACCGGCAGAUGGCCGAGGAGUGCGUCGACGCGGCCGUGCAGGCCUUCGGUCUUCAGACCAAGCCCGUCAUCAACGCCCCCCGUGUUAGCGGCACGGAGAACGUCGAUGACGGCGCGGACCUAGACGGCUCAUGCCAGACGCACCGCGUGCGCCUCAUCGGCGCGCACGGCUUCAGCCGCACGCUCUUCAUCCACCUCAUCCAGCACUUUGGCGUCGAAACCGAGGUGGCCAAGCACCUGACCGAGAGCUACGGCGACCGCGCCUGGACGGUGGCGGCGCUGUGCCGCGCCACCGACAAGCGCUUCCCCGCCCGCGGCGAGCGCAUCUCGCAGCUGUACCCCUUCGUUGACGGCGAGGUGCGCUAUGCCGUCCGCCACGAGUACGCUCAGACCGCCGUCGACGUCCUCGCCCGCCGCACCAGGCUCGCCUUCCUCAAUGCCCAGGCCGCCCUCGAGGCCCUGCCGAAGAUUAUUGAUAUCAUGUCGCAGGAGUUGGGCUGGGAUCGGAAGAGGCAGGAUGUCGAGUGGAAGCAGACCGUAACCUUCCUCGAAUCCAUGGGCCUGCCCCAACCGAUGCUCUCGGUCACCCGCAAACAGAUUGAACAGGGCAAGAUCGACUGGAAGUCGUCGCUCGAGUACCGCAUGUACUCGCGGCAUGAUAAGCCGCCGGUUGAUUUGGAAGCGUGA